AUGUCAUUACUAGAUACUAGAAGAUCGCCAUCAAAGAAGUAUCAACAAUAUUAUGACCCAUUCCUUCUUCCAGAUAACAAUUCUCAUGUGAGUUUUCGAAGAUCUAAGUCUCCCUCCAAAAAAUUAUCUCCAAUCAGGCAUUCAGUUUUUUCCAAUAAUAACAAGUCACCUAAAAGGAGCGAUAACUACCUAUUUAAACCAACCCUUUCCUCUCCAACAAAGUUCAAUGUUGUAACAAGUGACUGGAAUGAUGAAAACCCUCUAUCAAAGGUUCCACUGUUGAGAAGUCAAAAUAGCAAAACAAGUCUUAUUGCAUCACGCUCUCCAUCACCUACUAGAAGAAGCAUUAAGAAAACUUCGACUAAUGAUAGAUUUAUUCCAUCUAGAGCUUCUAGUAGCCUAAAGCUCUUCAAUGAAACUCAAGAUGAACAUCAACCCAAUGCCACGGACUCACCAGAAAAGCAUAUUGAAUACCAAGCGAAAAGAAUCUACAAGCAUUCAAUGGCAGAACUCUGCGGGAUCGAAACUGGGCAAAAGAUUUUACAUUUUGCCCCCUCAUCUCCGGAGAGACAAAGUGGUCUAAUAUUUGACUUGAAGAACUUAACAUUGAAUGAUAAUUUAAGCAAUGUUCUUGAGAAAUCUAGAUCAAAGAAUAAUCAUACUGGGGGAAUUAAUCCGUCAACUGCAUUAGCCAGAUCACGUAAAAUUCCAACCAUUCCAGAAAGAAUCCUCGAUGCCCCAGGAUUAGUAGACGAUUAUUAUCUUAAUCUAAUGAGUUGGUCUUCAAAUAAUUUGCUAGCGGUGGCAUUAGGCAACACGGUUUAUAUAUGGAGAGCUGCUGAAGGAACAGUUAAAGCAUUGACAAGUUGUGAUGUUCAAGUGACUUCGGUAUCAUGGAGCGAUGAUGGAGCAUACUUAUCUAUAGGGAAAGACAAUGGGGCGAUUGAAGUAUGGGAUAUCGAAGAGGGUACAAAACUAAGAACCAUGAGAUUUGUGAACACUACACGAAUAGCCUGUCAUUCUUGGUCAAAUCAUUUGGUGACAUCAGGGUCUGUAUCUGGUAAUAUGUAUCAUAACGAUGUUCGUAUCGCUAAACACGCUAUUUCGGAGCUUUCCGGUUUCCACAGCGCAGAAGUCUGUGGAAUAAGUUGGAGAAAAGAAGGAAAUCAAUUUGCCUCUGGCGGUAAUGACAAUAUUGUGAAUAUCUGGGAUGCCAGAUCAUCAGUUCCUUUGUUCACUAAGAAAACUCACACUGCUGCAGUUAAAGCUUUGAGUUGGUGUGAUUACCAAUCUUCUUUACUCGCCACUGGAGGAGGCACAAAUGACAAACAUAUUCACUUUUGGAACACAAAUACUGGCAAAAGAGUUAAUUCUCUCAAUACUGGCGCACAAAUAACUUCCCUACAUUGGGGACGUUCUAGUAUCGGUAAGGAGAUCGUUGCAACUAAUGGAUAUCCACAUUAUGGGAUAUCAAUGUACCAGUAUCCGACUUUACAAAAAACUGGGGAAAUUUUGCAUCCUCAUGAUGGAAGAAUCUUAUAUAGUGCGCUAAGCCCUGAUGGUAAAAUAUUGGCUACUGCUGCUGGUGAUGAGAAUUUGAAGUUUUGGAAGAUUUUUGAUUCUGAAAGAAGUGAGAAGCUUAAUGACAAAGAAAUUAAGAAAGUAAUGACUAUACGAUAA